UGUGCCAGGUAGCCAUGAGAAGUGGUUUUGGUGGCCCCGUUUGGAUGAUGGGUAUGGCUUGGGCCUUGGUGGUGCUGUGGGCAGGUGCCAUGGGCAUGGAGGAUCGCUGCUUGCCUGGAGGGAAGCACAAAGCAAGUCCAAGCCCAGAAGGACACCUGGGCACCUGCCAUCUCUAUAGAGAGAAUGCCUGCUGCUCGCCAGAUGUCAUCCAGGACCUUUCCAAAGCCAACGACAUCUACUGGAAUCGCUGUGGGGGCCUCAGCAGCAGAUGUGAGGAGUAUCUUCAGCAAGUGGAAUGUUUUUAUCGUUGCUCCCCCAUUGCUGCCCAGUGGCCUCAUCCUCAGCGACCCACAGCUGUACUGGCUGUGCCUCUUUGCCAGAACUUCUGUGACCAAUGGUACGAUGCUUGCAAGGAAGACCUGACCUGCGCUCGCAAUUGGCUGACUGACUGGCAUUGGGGGCCUGAUGGGAACAACUGCAGUCAGGAGUGCAUUUCGUAUGGCCAGAUGUACAAGGAUGGGAAGGAGCUCUGUGAGACCAUCUGGGAUGAUUCCUUCACAGUAAGCACCGAUCCCUGUGAUUGCCUGACACUGACUGCGUCCGACACAGGCUUCUCAGUCCCUCGUUCCCGCCACGAAGACAGCGACAGCGCUGAGGAACCCGAAACCGCAAAGGAGGACAGCCGAAGAUCCGGCCGCAGGGGGCUUUGUCCUGGCAGCCCCUUGCUGCGCCGUCUGAAAAAGAACCUGCGGAAGCGUUCCGUCUUCAUGGAAGACGUGGAGGGGAGCGGGAGUGGGUUCUGAUCCAACGAAGCCACCCUUCCAGGGGACAACAGCCCCCUCCCCUGUGAUCGCCUGGGGCUUGGGGGGAUCGCUUGUGAUCUAUGCAAAUCUGUCAUGUCCCACCUUUACCAGUUUCUUGCCAUCUUGUCUAGCUCUGUGCAACUUGGUGUGGUCAUGGAGUAGGAAGCAGAUCUGGCUGUGUAGCUGGGCUCUGAGUCUUAUGCUCUAGAAGUACAGUUUUUUGUCCUAAAAGAGCACCUUCA